AUGACUUACCAGCGAACUAUUAUCGUCACAGGAGGCACGGUUAGUCUGGGCUACUACACCGCACUCGAGAUCGCGAAGGCUCAUCCCGAGUACCUAGUCGUAGUCUCAUCACGAACCGACCGCGAGCACGCCGCAGACACCAUCAACAAGAAGCUCGGCCAAACCAACACGAUAUACAUCCCUCUCGACCUCUCAAACUUGCAGAAAGUCCGCGCGUACGUCAGAGAUUGGGAAAAGAAAGAUUACCCGCCAAUCCAAGCACUCAUCUUCAAUGCCGGUCUUCAGUUCCCUGGUGGCCUGACAAAGACAGUCGAUGGGCUCGAAUCCACUUUCGGUAUCAACCACGUCGGCCAUGCUCUACUCUUCCACCUACUCUGCGCCUAUCUCGCUCCUAAGGCGCGAGUUGUCAUUACCUCGAGCGGAACCCACGACCCAGACCAGGAGACCGGCGGGAUGCCAAAGGCGAAUUACGUCAGCGCCGAGUUGCUUGCUCAUCCGACAGGUGCGACGGUUAACGACCCCGGUCGGAAGCGGUACGUCGAGAGUAAGCUAGCAAACAUAUUGUGGGGAUAUGCGCUCGAUCGCCGUCUAAAACAGCGCGUUCCGGACCGAGGAAUCACGGUGACUUCGUUCGACCCCGGCCUCAUGCCCGGCACCGGUCUAGCGCGUGAGACAAACGCUUUUGAGAGGUUCAUCUGGAUUUACAUCUUGCCCAAACUCAUCCCGCUACUUAGAACAGUGCUAUUUCCGAAUGUACACCGUCCGCAGGAAUCCGCGGUUGCGCUGGCAAGACUGGCGAUUGGGUUAGAUGUAGAGGAUGAGAGUGGGAAGUACUUUGAAGGGUUGAAGCAGAUUAAGAGUAGUAAGGAUAGCUAUGAUGAGACGAAGCAGGAUGACCUGUGGAAGUGGACGGUUGAUUAUCUCGCGAAGGGGAAUGGUGAGCGGGAACGCUUUGAGCAGUUCAAGUAGAACGUGCUCGACUAAGGGCAAGCUGAAGUCUACAUCUCAUAAUUACCUACCUACCUACCUCUUAUUAAAUUAUAUACCAGAAUGGAUUUGAACAUUUAAGUCAAACACCC